UAAAAGAGUAUCCAAUUCUCAUUAAUAUUGACUUUUUUCCAGUGCCAUGUUGAUAGCCUCCAACUUGGCCCACAACCUUAUCUGUGCCGAUUCCUUUGUUUGUCUGUUGUUUUAUUUACGGGCACGUUGUUUAAAAUAAAUAAUAAAUGUUCUUUUCAUGUGUACCUAUAGAUGCGGUAUCUAAAUAUUGGGCCAGCAGGCAAUGAGUGGCUGGGUCGGAGCAACAACUGCGACAACUGACCGUGUUCCAUGCAUAUCGUUGGGCAAAUGAUAAGACGACAGCAACAGGAGACGCCCAGCUGAAGGAGACCCAGUUGAAAUAGAGUAACAGAAUAAGCGAGUAGAUAAUAAAAGCCAAGUCAAUGUCGCAGCUGACAACCGUCAGGUUAUCAACGAUAUUGCUGCUGUUUAUGCUGCUUCCAGCGGCAACAUUGCUAACAAAUCAACAACAACAAGAACAACAACAGCUGCAACAUGUGCGCCACAAACGUCAAAACAACUCGGAUCAGAAGUUCUCGCUGCCCGCGGUGCCUCUGCCACCUCCGCCGCCUUUCCCGGCGGCCAAGCAUAACUUUGCACUGAAUGCAUUUGCCAUUGGGGAGCAGGCAGCAGGCGGCAUUGGCUCCGGCCCCGGCUCCGGCUUAGGCUAUAGUUCCAGCUCCUCUUCCUCCUCGCCGGGAUGUGGGGGCCUACUCAACUCACGCUAUGGCCUCAUUCAAACACCAAAUUUUCCACAUCGUUUUACCACGCCCAUCGAAUGCGUUUGGAUAAUUGAUGCAUCUGAGCUGCCAGCCACCGCUCAGGGCAAUGUGUCCAUCGUGGUUUAUCUGACGCAGCUCUACGUGCUGGGCGGCCUCAAAUUCACCGAGUAUAUGUACUACUCGGACGACUUCAAGGUGCCCGCCCACCGUGUCUUCGCCCUGACCGAGGAGGAUGUCACGCAGGUCACCUGGAUGCAGUUCAACAGUCAAUACCUGGAAAUACGAUUCACCAUGGCCACGCUGGAUGGGACUCAUCUGCGCGCUCUGGACCGCCUGCUAGACGUCUAUGGCUUCAAUAUCACCUACGAGGUGCAGCACGAGGUGAAGACCACUCAAUGCAAUACACUACAGUGCCGUUUCCUCGGCGAUUGCUAUGCCAGUGCUGAUUAUAGCUCAUAUGGCUGCGCCUGUUUUCCCGGCUUCAGUGGCAGCGAUUGUGGGCAUGGCCCACUCUGCACGGAUGCGCACACAAAUAUUUGCCAAAACGGUGGCACUUGCAAGCACAUUGGCGAUGCGGCCAUAACCUGCCACUGUCCAGCGGGCUACAAAGGAACCAAAUGCGAAAUACCCGAAAUAAUCGAGACAAUUAAGGGCUGCAUUGGAAAUGGCAGUGCCAGUAAUUGCCAACGUGCAUGCGAAUUUGACAACAACAUGGCCAGCUCCAGCACCAGUUCUAGUGGCACUGGCAUUGGCAGUCCCGGCUUCAACGUGAGAAGCAAUCGCAAUGCGGCACGUAGUGGCAAAACGCGCUACGAAGUGACCAUGCGACUGGGCGCCAAUCUGACCGGAUACUAUCGCAAUUCGGAGCGCGAACAGUUGGCUGGCGUCAUGGAGCGACAGCUCACACGCGUUUUGCGCAACUUUAAUAUUACCAAAAUAAGCGAUCUGGAGUUAAUUUCCAAUACCACAGAUCGCUUGGAUAUAACAUUUCACUUCUUUGGCAUCAAAGGCGACUCCCAACGCAUUCGAGAGGCCAUAACCCGAAUGGUAGAACGUGGACGUAUUGGAAACUUUACGUUGGUCUCGAAUUUUCAUCAUUUCGACGAGAAUCCACCCCUCAAUAUGCUGGACCUGAGCGUCAAUCAACCGCAGGCAGCUGUGCGAGAGGACAACGAGUUUAUCAUAUCCUGCACGGCCCAAGGCUCAUCACGCAUGCAGUUCCAAUGGUUCAAAGAUGGCGCCAAUGUGAACGCCUCCAAGGCAACGAGAGAAAUUUGGACGACUGUGCUUCCACCGGAAACGAAAGAUGUCUACACGGCCAUUUUGGGCGUUACUAAAGCAAGUCGCAUUGAUGAGGGAGUUUACAGUUGUAAGGUCAGCGAUUGGGGCGUGGAACAAUGCCGCUCCUUGCACAUUCACAUCAAGUCGCCGCCGCGUCUGCGUGUGGAUCCGGCGAGCGUCACGCUGCAGCGCGGCGAUUCGCUGCGCGUGCGAUGCCUUUCGCCGGGCAAUGAUGACAUCAAGCGCUAUGCCCAGCUGGGCUAUAGCUGGACGCGCAAUGGUGUGCUUUUUCAAUCGGACGCAGCGACUGCCAUGUGGGAGGAUCUAUAUCCGGACGGCAGCAUUUUAAAGAUCAACAACAUUCAAAAGUCUGCGGAGUAUGCCUGCCUUGUGUCCAACAGCGUGCGUCCAGUGUCCAGGAGUGUCUACAUCAAUGUCAUUGAGCGUAAUGCGCUCCACGUGUGCAUGGCCGAGUCGAGCUAUGGAUUACAUUGGCCCACCAGUGCACCGGGCGCCCCCAUUAUCACCGACUGCCCGCGCGGCUUCGAAGGCCAUUCGCGCCGCAUCUGUGAGCAACGCGACGCAGGCAACUCCAGCUGGCUGCUGCCCGACUUCUCAAGCUGUGUCCGCGACGAGCUGCUGCUCAUUUACAACAGAUUUAGGGCUCUAAGCGCCGGCUUUCAGCAGACCAACUCAUCAAACAUACUGAAGGCAUGUUUUGAGUACACGCUCCAGCGGCGCAAUAGCUUUCUGCCCGGGGAGGCAAGCUUCCUCAUCGAUAUGCUGCAUGAGCUCGACACCUAUUUGCAGCUGAAAGGCACACAACUGGAGCGUGAGAUGGCGGCGGAGAUAAUACUACGCAUUCUGGAUAAAGUCAUGCAGAAUGCACUAUCUCUUAACAGUCAACAGCAAAUUAAAAAGUUGCAACUUUUAACGCAAUCUGCGGCGCUGAACCGCGAGACAAUUGCGGCCUCGCAAUUGGCCACAUCGACAGGGAGCAGCAGCAGCGGCAGCGGCAGCCAGGCGACAUCCUCGGCAACGGCUGCUGACAGCUCGACAACUUUGACCGCACAGGGCAGCGGCGGCAGCAGGGCAAGUAGCAGCAGAGGUGAUGGCAACGGCGAUGCUGGCAGCGCUGCGGGCAAGCUGCUGGCCAAUCGCGGUGCUGGGGCCAGCGGCGAUGGUGGCGCCGCGAGUAUUUUGACAGUCGACGAGGACACGUUGUCGCUGGAUCGCCUGAACUCGUUGCGCAUUUACAUGACCUCAGUGAAAACAUUGCCGUUCAAUUUACGCAUUUACGGUGAGGACUUAUUUUCGGAUCAACUUUAUAUGGACAUUGGACUGUCCUCACGUCUGCUGCAUAUCAUGGCCAAUUCGACAAUAUUUGCUUCUGUGAUCUCCUAUAAGAAUCUUAAAAGUUUUCUACCAAAAACGUAUUACACACGUGGCAGCGAUCCCAAGGACUCGGACUAUGUGCUUGCCUCGCGCAUCAUACAGACAUGGCUAUUUCAAUCGAAUCGCUCGAACGACAACUUUCGAGAGCCACUCGAUUUGUCCUUUGAGGCUGGCCAUGUCGAGAUCAUAUUCCAGCACGAAAGUGUGCCCAAAACAGGCGACUGGGUGGCUGUCUGUGGCCACGACUACAAGGCUUCCUUUGACUCCACGUGGCGCUCGGAUUUGUGCAUAACCAAACAUCUAAUGGACAAUAUAACCCGCUGCAUUUGCCCGCUUUCCGGCACCUAUGUGGUCAUGCUAACCAAAAGGCAGCCGCAGUCGACGCAGUCGCAUACUCCACAGCGACCUAUCUUUGUGAUUGUCAGCUGUGCCUGCUGCCUGCUCCAGUGCUGCUCCGCCUUUCUGAUCCUGCUGCCCAUCUGGUGCAAUCGCAAGUGCGCCGUGACCUUCCUGAAGAUGCAGUUCUGCAUCUCCACGUCAAGUGUGAUGCUCAUAUACCUGCUGGGUUUCAUGAAAAUGCUGCCAGUGAACUGGCAUGCCAUAAUCAGCAGCUCGCUGGCAUCGCUGCUGCUGCUGGGCAUCUCCACGCUGAUUGCCAUUGCGCUGGUCAUACAUACGGAGCUGGUGCCGAAGAAGUAUCUGCAAAUCGGCAGCAAGCCCUCGACGCCAACCAAGCAGAACAAACGCCGCGAGAGUCUGAGCAAUAUUACGCAAAUCAGUGCCCAGUCUCCGGAGGCAGCAGUCGUGAGUCGCACUCGCGGUCGCAGCAGGAAUCAUCCGCCGCCCAACAGCUUGGGCUCAAGAUCCGCCGCCGGCUCGCAACCGGCCUCCCUGGCACUCCACAGUGGCUCAGCGGGCAUACGCGGCGCCAUUGGCAUUAGCUGGCUGUUGCCGCUGCUGUUUGCAAUUGCAGCGCCGCUAAUCUGCAGCAUCAUAGGCAAGUGGCCGCGACACUGGUGGCUGGAGCUGCUAUGGACCAGGCUGCCAUCGGAUGCCGCCAGCGAUUCAAGCAGCGGCAACGGCAGCGAGGAGCCCUCGGAGAACGAUGCUGGUAUCUUUUAUGCCACGCAUACGCUGCUCAACGGCGACAAUUUACUUCUCGAGUCGGAAGCACUGUUAGGCAAUGCGACGGGCAGACUACAACCACCGCCCACAUUGACUGAGACAUCAUCAAUGGGCACAGACCUAGGCAUGAGCACGGUCAAUGCUGUGGCCACGUCAGCGUCAUCAAUCACAGCCGACAGCAGUAGCGACUCGAACUUGGGCGCCGUGACGGCUGCGGCAUUGACUUGGCCGCAACAACAGACGCCUACCGCUUGGGACCGCGCCGUCCCUGGACAUGCACAAGCAGCGGCAUUCAGUUCCGGCUUGGGCCCGGAGUUGUCGUCGUCGUCGACUUCGCCUUCGCUGAGCUUCAUUCUGUUCGUUUGCAUCGAUUUGCUUUUCAUUCUACUCUUCUUUGCGCUGUUUGUCAUUUUAAUGAAGAAACUCUUGUGGUUAUGGCACAAGAAUCGCAAUGUGCAUACGCAUCCGUUGGAUAAAUUCAACACGGCUCUGCAGAGGCGACUUGGCCUACUUUAUCGGGCAGCCGGUUUGCUGCUCUUAAAACUCUGCAGCGAUGGAUGCUUCAUAGUCUACGUGAAUUCGACCCCGGAUACUUUAUGGGCGUAUCCGUUUGGCAUAUCGUGCAUAAUAUUGGGCUUUGGCAUUCUCUUUUGCUUUGUCAUUAAGGCUGAGAGCCAACUGCGCGGACCACCCUUCUUGAGCAGCAACAGCAGCAGCCAGAGCAGCUCGCUGAAGCAGACAAAAUUCAAUACCAGCAGAACCAGUCUGGAUGAAAACUACUGCACGACGACGACGGCUAGCAUCAAUAGUCCACUGAGCUUCUACACCAAUCAUGACAAGGAAAAGGAGAGCGAGUGUAUAGCCACAUCAGCGGCAGCAUCAACGGCUGUGGCAACCGGGACCAGCGCUGCUCCGCUGCAGCCCAAGCAAGGGCUGGAGUUGUCAGCGGCAACUGGAGUUGGAGCUGGAGCUGGAGCCGGGCCAGUGCAACUGCCGUUGACAAUCAUCUCGACGGCGCCGCGCUGCCAGGCGGCUAUUGUCAGCACGGCGGAGACCCUGCUUAGUGGACAUCAGCAGCUGCCUUUGACGGUGGCCGCCUCGCCAGCCACUCGCUGCUGUGCGCUGCUCAGCGGCGGCAACGUGGAGGCAGCCAGUGCCCUGGGCUAUGCCUACGAUGCCUACACGAUGGGUGGGCUGACGGGCAGCCUGGGCCGGCGCAUCUUGCACCACCAGCAGCCGACGCACUAUGCGACUGGCCCUUGUGACGAAUUUGUGGGCCUCGAGACGCUGGAUAUACUGCAGGGCCUGGCGGCAGACAGCAUCAUUGGCAUACACACCAGUGGCAUGCUGCCCACAGCCUCGCCCCAUUACGUACCGCUGCAGCACAAUCCGUACGUGGACUUUGUGCCCAGCCCGCUGAUGCUCAGCAUGCAGGGGUCGGCAAUGCCGCCGCCCACAAUUAGCGGCAAUCUGAGCGGUGCUCGGGCAACCAUAUCCAGUGCCACGCUGCCCACGCCGAAGACGCAGAAGCGCGUGACCAUACUGGAGCCGACAUCGCGCACCACCUUCGAUCCGCUGCUGCCCACAAUGGUGGCUGCAGUCGUCUCCACCACAACCACAGCCACCACAACGGUCUCUGUUACGCCGUCCACGCAGAGCGCUGGAGUGGACAGCAGCAGUGCUUCAGGCGGCGAUGCGACACUGGAUCGCAUCACGCACGAUCUGGACUAUUUGCUCAAUCGCGGCAGUCUGGAUGUGGAGACAGGGACACCACCACCGCCCGCCGUAGUAGUCAAGAAAUGCGAUGAGCCACAACAGCAGCAGGCCCAGCUAAGCAGCAAGUUAUAAUUCGUGAAUCCCUCAAUCUGCUCAGGGAAAAAUAUUGUGGCUUGAUGAGCAGAAUAGUGUAAAUACCUAUGCAUGUCUACAGAAGCAAAUGUAA